ACAUGGCCCCAUUCAAAGCCAACUAAACGCUAUUGAUUUGUUGCGAUUUGUCCCUUUUUUAUGUUAAAUCUACCAUGAACGUCCACAGACUGUGGGACUACAAGAAGUACGCGAACGUGAACGGCGCCAUGCUGUCGAGCGAGCUGGUGACCCGGCUGCAGCAGUCGCUGACGCUGCUGCAGGCCGAGAGCCACUUCACGCACGUGCAGUACUGGGGGCAGAUCCACGCCGUCGACGGCGACUACCACCUCGCCGUCGGCAUCACACACGACGCCAUCGAAGACCGCAAGUACUUCUACACAAAGGACUUCCACUAUUGGACCCUCCUACCGAAAGCGAAGAAGAAGUACAAGCAUCUAUCUUUAAUUACAUCGUUCCCGUUCCGCGGCGAUCCCACGCUGAAGCUGAAAAUCGAUGAUGAAGAAUUAGAAGAUGAUGACCCUGAUAAAUGCAAGGAGAUGCUGGAGGAGAGCCGGCUGGCGGCCACCGUGAGCAACAUCAGCGAGGAGGCGGAGGUGUGCGCGCGCGGGCAGCUCCUGCGCCGCCCCGACUGCACCGCCGUCAUCAACCCGCACUUCUACGGCCUCGACGCCUCGGAAGGCAAACAGUUGCAGUCCUACCUCCACGUCAGGCCGGCCCAGCAGCGAUGGAACACGAACCUCCUCACCAGACCAGACUACAACUACAGCAUGGACUUCCUCGACUCCAUAGACCGGGACAUCCCGAGCGGAUGCUGGAAUCUCAGCCUGGAACAGAGCGGAACUGUGGUCUACUUGAAAAGUCUCUACUGGCCAGGCAUGAUGUACUUUCACAAGCUGAAAACACCUGAUGCGGGGUUUUUGUACAUCGGGAAUGGUCGUAAAAAUUGGGACGUUCCAUUUCUUCUAUAAAAUCAAUUUAUUUUAAUGUCCUUUUCUCUCUACACAUUAUUUUAUUUGCU